AUGGCAAACAGCUUGCUGGUGUUCUUGAGUCAUGGGAUCCCAGCGUUCGGCUUUAUCUUCUAUGGGAUCUCCCUCUUUGUCACCAAUUGCCUAGGAGCUCCUCGAGGAUCAAACGAGCUCAAAGAGAGUCGAUUGCUAGCCCUUGCAAAGCGAGUCGAGUCUUACAUUGCCCUUCUCGGAAGCGCAGCGGUCAUCGCCUUCCACUGCAUUGUCCAGCCAACGCGAAGCUUUCCGGACUUGGAGCACAUAGCCAUGGCUCUUCCCUUCCUCAUCUAUGGACUCGCUCUACGCUGGAAGGCAAGCUUGUCGAGUGGCUUCGCGGAUCUCAUGGGAGCAGCUGCUUUCGCCCAGGAAUUCCUCCUCUUUCACUGGCAUUCCUUGGAUGACACGGGUGUGGAAGCCCACUAUCACGCUCUCUUGCAAAUCACCGUCAUGGCUUGCGCGCUUACAAGCUUGGGCGAGAUCUUUGUGCGACACCACCAGACCACCAUCAAGCUUUCCAGGUCGAUCUCUAUCGCCUUUCAGGGCGUCUGGCUGCUCCAACUCUCGCUGGUGUUUGUCUUUCCUUCGCUGUUCCUGGAUCGAGAUUGUCAAGUCAACAGUCACCACGGCCACAUUCGGAUCGAGUGCGCAAACCAAGAGCUCGCCAACAAAUCCAAAGCCGUGGCGACGAUGGUUUUUAGCUCUCAUCUUUCUUUGCUAAUGGCAGCGUGUGCCACACUGUAUCCUCUGAUUGAGAAAAGAGCUUCUUUUUACAGCCCAGUUGGGACGAAUUCGUGGGAUGAUCAAGCAUAGUUCUUCCCAAAGAUUGUGGAAAGCAUAUACUUGUAUAUUCAAUGAAUAUUCUUCAACCUUAAAUAAACAUUCGCGCGAAAUGGCGAGAUUCACGCGACGAGUGCCUUUGCGCCCUCCGGCCAAUGCGUGAGAAUGAGCUCCACUACCUCUUCAUCGCUAUCCUUGUCUACCACUGCUUCAUCUUCUUGAUGAUCCCGCUCGACUGGAUGAACUUCGUCUUCCAAGCCGAGAGCUCGAGCACCAUCCUUCCAGUUCCUUCGAAUCCAGACCAGGUCCGCAUCGUCGUAGAAAUCAGCUCCCACAGCCGUGGAGAGCGUCUGGAACUCGUCCCAUGUCA